CCGCACUUGAGCUACACCGUACCGUGCGGGCUGCGUCGGUUACCAUGGAGAUGACCCGGAAGUGGAUGUGUUCAGCUGUACCUGCUCCUCUCUCUGCAGGGCUGCGCCUCCGCUGGCCAUGUCUGGAAAACUGAAGUGGGUGACGGACAUCGAGAAGUCUGUGCUGAUUAAUAACUUUGAGAAGCGGGGAUGGAUCCAGGUGUCAGAGAGCGAUGACUGGAAUUUCUACUGGAUGAGCGUGCAGACCAUCAGAAACUGCUUCAGCGUAGAGACCGGGUUCCGCUUGUCCGAUGACCAACUUGUCAAUCACUUUCCUAAUCACUAUGAGCUCACCAGGAAGGAUCUGAUGGUGAAGAACAUCAAGAGAUACAGGAAAGAACUGGAAAAAGAAGGUAGCCCACUCGCAGAGAAGGACGAAAAUGGCAAAUAUCUAUACUUAGAUUUUGUGCCGGUCACCUUCAUGCUUCCAGCUGAUUAUAACUUAUUUGUAGAAGAAUUUCGGAAAAAUCCGUCCAGCACCUGGAUCAUGAAACCCUGUGGAAAAGCCCAGGGAAAAGGGAUAUUUCUCAUCAAUAAGCUCUCACAGAUUAAGAAGUGGUCUAGAGACAGCAAGACUUCCUCGUUUGUCUCACAGUCUUCUAAGGAAGCUUAUGUUAUUUCCUUAUAUAUCGAUAAUCCCUUACUGAUCGGUGGGAAGAAAUUUGAUUUACGUCUGUACGUGCUUGUGACUACAUACCGGCCGCUCAAGUGUUACAUGUACAAGCUUGGAUUCUGCCGUUUCUGCACUGUAAAGUACACCCCGAGCACGAGCGAGCUGGACAAUAUGUUUGUGCAUCUGACAAAUGUUGCCAUUCAGAAACAUGGGGAUGACUACAAUCACGUCCACGGCGGGAAAUGGACAGUCAGUAAUUUACGUCUGUACCUGGAGAGCACGAGAGGACGAGAAGUCACUCAUAAACUGUUUGAUGAAAUUCACUGGAUAAUUGUGCAGUCCCUGAAGGCAGUAGCGCCGGUGAUGAAUAAUGACAAGCAUUGCUUUGAGUGUUAUGGGUAUGAUAUCAUCAUAGAUGACAAGCUAAAGCCGUGGCUGAUUGAGGUUAACGCAUCACCAUCUCUCACGUCCAGCACGGCCAAUGACCGUAUUCUGAAAUACAACCUCAUCAAUGACAUUUUGAAUAUCGUUGUUCCAAAUGGGGAGAUCCCGGACUGCAAGUGGAAUAAAGUCCCACCCAAAGAAGCUCUGGGAAGCUAUGAAAUCUUAUUUGAUGAAGAAGCUGCACAGGCCGAUGGGUCAGAACGGGACCUGAGGAACCGACCAGGACAGACAUUUGGCUUCAAAGGCAGCCGAACCAAAGAGUCUGGGAGAUCUGCACCCACGACUUGGAAAUAGUUGUUUUAUAGGGAAAUGUGGAUGAAGUUCUACAGUCUCCUGAGUGGAAGGGGUAUUUGUUUGCCGGAGGUGGAGAUACAUCCACACAAAAAAAAAGACAUGGAGACAUACAAGAUGAAAUGCCGUGUGAAAGCGAUGAUAUGGACUGUGGAAGAAGAAUUUAUAGGGAAAUUGCCGAGACGGGAAGUGGCGGUGCACAAGGCUAUGUAUAUUUCAUCUGCAGAAGGUGCAUGCUGAUAGCUGCAAUAGUCUGCACAGGAAGGACAUGGUGUGGAGGAAAAUGUCUUCCUCUAUAAUCCUUCCAUCUUCAGUGCUCUGGAAAUUGUAUUUAUUCAGAAGAGACUUACCAUUAUACUUACUUAGUUCUAGGCCUAAAACUUAGGCUGCACUACUGAGAGGGUCUAAUGACACCAUCCCCAGUUGUCUCAGAAUUGGAAUCACCAUGGAGAAUAAGGAUUAUUUGGAUCUACACAAAGUCAUGUUGUCAUCACAGUUUCUUAGCAGUGCAGUCUCAGGCUUUGGGCCUGUAGACUUUGUGCAAAAUGACAGGUCAACUUGCAGAACUCUGCUACAUCAUUACCAGUAGAUAGUACUAUAUGGCUUGACAGAUGACAGGAGAAAUAAGCAUCCUACAUCCUAAGGACUUUACAUGUUAGAUUAUAUAACUUUGUACCCCACCUUCUCCAGCUGUCCCCUCCACUUUCUUCAUCAGUGGUUGAAGAUUCCUGACCAUUUAUAACCAACUCUAAUCAGUCCUAUGCUGACAUCAACAGGAGGAGGAUGACUGAAUCCAUUGUUCUGGCUGGAAUAUCCCUCUGAUGUUCAGGAUGUAAAUUAACAGGAAAGUCUGAUUCAUGCAUGGAAAUUGCAUCCACAAGAUUGCAAUA